AUGAAUGACGGUACUAUAUAUAUAAAAGAUGAAUGGCUUGAAGGUACGAGUACAUCAGUUACGAUCAGAGAUUCCUUAUCACAUAGUGAUAAUAAAGUUUAUCAUCUAUUAUUGUUGAGAGCCGACCGAACAAUAUGUGCUGAAAGGAGAUUAUUCCGUUUAAACUACAAGUCGUCAUGGUGGACGCAUAGUCCUUCAUCACACUCGUAUUCAUGUGGUAUAUAUUUUCAAUACAAAUGUGAUGCCCCACCUCGAUCCAAUUCACAAUACCUAGAGAAAAAAGAAGGAUCUAAAUAUAAACAUAAAUGCAAACGUAAUGGAAGAAGUACAAUUGCUUGGUGGCACUACACAAGUAACAAUCAGUCAUUGGUUCUAGGUUAUGCGGAAAAUCCAUAUAGUGACUAUGAUUUGGAAAUCUCCAUGGAUGUACAAGUGUUUGAUAACAAUACGAUCAUGAUGUGCAGACAAAAUUCAUACGACGGCUAUGUUGAAAACAUCACAGUGUUAAAUGUAAAAUCUGCAAAUUCGGACGAAGUAGAAAAGAAAACAACAAACGAUCACAAUGUAUACUAUACAUCCAACGAACAACAAUAUAUAUAUUGUCCAGGAAAUUAUUUAUAUCAAGUAGAUGCAAACAACAUAGUUACCAUGACCAGAACAAUAAAGCCAUACGACAGCAAUCAGACAAUAAUAUUGACACAACACGAUAAUAAUACAAAAUUGUAUUGUGUAAAUUAUGCAUGGAUGUAUCAAACUAAAUACAAAUGUGAGAGGGAAAUACUGAAUAAAUAUAUUUUUUACAUAACAAAUUACAAUAUGGGUAUGUAA